AUGGCUCAUAUAGCACAGUUGAAGAUCAGUGGCGUGCGAUCUGUGGGAGUAGAUGAGGAAGAUGCACAUAUCAUAAAGUUUCUAAAUCCUCUCACAAUCAUUAGUGGGCCAAACGGAACCGGGAAAACUACUAUUAUUGAAUGCUUGAAUUAUGUCACAACUGGAGCACUUCCUGCUGGAAAUCUACCAACAUUCAUUCAUAACUUGAGACUUUCGCGGAGAUCCAGAGUGGACAGCAUGGUCAAGUUACAAUUUUACGAUUCGAAGAACAGAGAAUGUGUAGCAACGAAAAGAAUGACAAGUUCUUUGACUAAAGGAGACAAAUUGAAAACUGAAUCCGAAGAGUUUACUAUACAAAUCAGAAAAGAUGGAGUGGAGAAAAAAAUUUCUUCGAAAGUUGCUGACUUCCGAAAAGAGAUGCUCAAUCUCCUUGGAAUCCCUACAGCUAUAUUAGAAAGUGUUGUUUUUUGUCACCAAGAAGAUUCUUGCUGGCCUCUGAGCGAAUCCAAGGAGUUGAAAAAACGCUUCGAUAAAAUAUUUCAGUUGACAAAGUUUGUGAAAGCUGUUGACCAAAUGAAGAAGAUCAGAAAAGAUUAUCUCAAUGAGUUAAAGGUUUUAAUGGAGAAAAAGAACAAUGGUGAGAUGUUGCUCUUGAACAAAGCGAAAUAUAUGCGUGAUCUGAAAAACACGGAGAAAAGUUGUUCUGAUGCCUCAGAGAAGUUGACGGAGCUUAAGACUAAAAUUCAGGAUUGCACUUCUUUCAUCAAGUUAGCCAGCGAGAAGCUAGUUCAUUUCGAGAAGUUGCAGAGAACCAUAGAUCUGAAAAAUGCUGAACUGAGAGGAAAACGAGAUCAUCUAAGUAACCUGAACUGUCCACCUUUCAAUGGUUCUGUUGAAAUGCUACAAGCGGAAAUAGAUCAGAUAACUUCACUAGCUGAGUUCCAAAAUCUGAUGAAGGAAAAAUCUAAUUUAGAGCAGAAAAUGUCUCGUAUUCGUAAAGAAGUCGAAGAUCUGAAAGUGUUUCAAAAAACAAAGAAUGAUGAGAUGGCCAAAUUUAAAGGAGAAGAAAUGCUUAGAUCAAGUUUAUUGUCUACUCUGGGAGAUUUGGAGCAAAAUCUUUGCUCGAAGUAUGGUCUGAAGGCAGGCGUCAACUUUGACACAGAUUUUGCCGAGCUCGUCAAAACUGAAGAAAGCGUGCUAGGAUCUGUCAAGUUUGAUGUUUCUGAACAAAGAAAACAAUAUGAUGAGACCAUCUCAACAGCUGAUUCGAGUUACAAUAGUUUGAAGUUCGAGCUAUCAGCAGUGCUCAAUUCAUUGGCUAAGCUUGGGAAUGAAAUUCGUGAAUCUGAACAAAGAUUACAAUCCGCUGCUACUUCACAGUCAGAAAUUAACAGUUUGAAUGUUGAAAUCAAGAAACUCGAGAAUAAUAUAUCGCAGCUACCUAUCAGUAAUGAUGAGAAAUCGAAAGCACUGAGGGAUCAAAGAGAAUAUCAACAAACAAUUUUAGCAGACAUACGUUUGCGUUUGAAAAAAUCUGAGUUAUUCGAAGAAACUGAAAAAGAUAUUGAACGGAAAAGUGAAGAAUAUAAUAGUGUGCAUUCUUCGCUGGAAGAAAUGAAAGAGAAGCAUCGUGAAACUUUUCUUUCCCUGUUCGAUAGAUUUGAUGAAGGUCCUUGGAGCAAAAAAAUCACAACCGCUCGUGAAGCGACUGCAGCAAAACAGUCAACAGCAGAAAAAUCACUGAACAAAGCCUUAUUGAAUGCUGAGCGUGAGAAACAGAAUAUAGUACAGAUUGAAAAGAAUCAAAAACUAUUGAAAACUGAACUAACCGAGAUUCAGUCCAAUAUUCUAAAUACUUCGGGGUGCUUACCGGAUGAUGUGACAAGUCAGCUCAACGAUGUGAAAACAAGUCUGAAACAAGCAAGGAAGGACUUAGCACCUUUAGAUACUAAGGCGAUACUUUAUGAAAGUUGGAGCAAUGAAGUUCAAGAAAAAUCUUGUUGUCCUUUGUGUGAAAGGAAAUUUUCCGGAAAGACUGGAGCACAAGAUUUAUCAAAGAAGUUAAUCAACAUGAGUAUCAGUUUCCCGGAAGAGAUUGAAAGAUUACAAAGCCAAGUUUCGUUUUAUGAGGAGAAAGAAAACUUACUAUCCUCUGCUGCUGUUGAUGUGGAUAGAAUAAAGAAAAUAGAGGUUGAACUCACUGAACUAGCUGCUAGACGUGAAGAGUCUGAGAAAAUUCUGGUAGGAGAACUGGGAUCUGUUAGAACUUGUAGAUCAGAAGUUCAAAUGAUCAAGAACCGAUUAACCAAGUUAGACUUGAUUCAGAUGGACAUAGGACUGAUGGAUAAUUAUCUCAGUUCCUCUUCUCGCAUUAAGCUCGAGCUCGAAGAAUUGAAGCUGAGAGUCCCAUGCUCGGAUGAGAAGAAGUCUUGUCGCGAACUAAAGAUGAUGAUUGAUGAUCAAGAGGAACUGAUCAAUCGGUUGAUACAUGAAAGUGAAGCACAACAAGCGGAAACUAAUAAAAGAAAUCACAUGUGUGAAAAGUUGAAUUCUUUGCGAGAUCAAAGAAUUACAUUAGGAGAAGCCGCUGCCCAGGCGACUAUGAUUCUAGAACAGAUGGAAAUCAAAAAGAAGGAUAGGUUAGAUUUAUUAAAUAAGGAAAAAUCUCUGAAACUGGAGCUACCCAUAGCGGCGAAGAAUCGUGAGAGUGCCAAAAAUGGACUUGUGGAAUUCACAGAACGUAUUGCACUACAGGAAAGAAAGCAGAACCAGAUAGUUCAAGUAAUGCUGGUCGAGAAAUCCAGACUUGACGAUUUAGUGGAAAGGCUAACCAAGAUUUCGGAGAACAGAAAACAGUCUGAGGAGUGCUCUGAUAUGCUGCAGAAAACUGAGAACGAUAUCCUCCAGAAAACAAUGCUUAUGAAUCGACUUGAGAACCAGGCCGGUGACUUGGAUAAUAUGACCGCUCGCAAACGGACCCUCGAAGAACAAAAAACACGUCUCAUUCUUGAGAACCAUGUAGCUGAGCUCGUUAAUGAAAUUAAUGACAUGGAACUGGAAGCUGAAGAUCCUGACACCAUACGCGAAGAACUCAAUCGAAAGAACUCUCAGAAGUCUAAAGCAGAAGUUGAACAAGGUAGAAUCGAAGGCCAGUUGGCAGUUACUGAAAAAACAAGACGGGAGGCACAGCAAGCGCUAGGCGCCAAGAACAUGAAAGAAGCGGAGAAAAUAUAUCGUGAUGUCGUAGUUGACCAGCUCGUCUGCGAAAAAACCAUAGAAGAUUUGGACAAAUAUAGCAAGUGUCUCGAUACUUCGAUUCUCAGGUUCCAUACUGAGAAAAUGGCUGCCAUCAAUGACAUUCUCGAUGAUUUAUGGAGAAAAGUUUAUAAAGGAGGAGAUAUAGAGAGUAUUAAAAUAAUAUCCGAUGUAGCUGGUGCUUCCACUGAUAAACGAAAGUCGUAUGAGUAUAAAGUGGUGAUGUUGGUCGAAGGAGGAAUAGAAAUGGAUAUGAGGGAUAGGUGCUCAGCCGGACAGAAGAUGCUCGCAUGUAUCCUCAUCAGGAUAGCCUUGGCUGAUGUGUUUGGGGGUGUGUGCUCCAUGAUUGCUCUCGACGAGCCUACAACCAACCUUGACGUUCACAAAGUGGAAUAUCUGGCUGAGAUGCUAAACGAUCUCAUUUCUGCGAGGAGGAAUGAUGAUGAAUACAGUUCCACUAGUGGCAGGCAGUUCCAGAUGAUUGUCAUCACUCACGACCAGCGGCUUGUUGAGCAACUCACACUAGGAACCCGUCCAGAUUUCUAUUAUGUUCUAGAAAAAGAUAUGAGAGGUUUAUCAAACAUCAGAAGAAAGUAUCCGAACGGAGAAACGGAACCAUCCAAGUGA